AUGGCCGACUCUGAGUCGAAGGACGAUGUUGCAUGGCCUCAGAAAUGCACACACUUUAUUCGUUGGCUGCUACCAUCGGUUGAGAGUCUGCAGGAGCAGCAAAAGCUGGCGUUUACAGCCGCUUUGGCGAGAGUAAAAGGAAGUGAGAAGUACAAUGAAGGGGAGUUGCCCACGCUGGAAGAUGAGCUUUGGCUGGUGCGUUUCUACGCGUUCCAGCUGUCGCGGUUCAUGGCUGCCAACCACCUGAAGGACUCUGUUAAGGAGACAGCUCUUACGUUCUUCAAUCGUUUUUACUUGCGGCGGUCGAUGCUGGAAUACGAUCCGCGGAUGAUCAUGUUCACCUGCAUAACGCUGGCGAUCAAGCUUGAGGACAUGUGGCGCAACUACUAUGUGGACAAGCUGCUGGGAUCAGUCGAUGGGCUGAACAUCGCUCGUGUGUUCGCAUUGGAGGCAACGGUUUGCGACGCGCUGGAGUUCAACUUUUUGGUGUUGCAUACGUCAGAUUCUAUGCACAUAAUUCGCAUGCGGUGCAUGGAGUACCUGAAAGAGAGCCUGGGCAUCGACGACGAUAUUUUGGGCGAACACCUGGGAAUGAUACUUUCCGUCUGCAAUGACGCGGAGAAAGAUGCUCUGUACAUGCACGAGGAUCCGGAGUUCAUCUUCCUCCACACUCCUACCCAGCUGGCGGUCGCAAACUUCACGCGGCACUGCAAGAAGCGCAUGAGCUCGCUUGUUUCAGUCAACAAGUUCUUGGCGAAGAAGAUGCUCUACGGCGACGAGUCGCGUUUGCCCGUGCUGACCAAGACUCUUCAGAGCAUAAAUGAUCGCUUCACACGUCACAUGGAGCUGCGGGCAUCCAUGGACUCAGAAGAGCAGAAGGCUGGGGCGAUACUCGACAAGUACUUGCCGCUAUACAGCAGCUUAUAA